UUGGACGUUUGGUGUGUUGUAUUUGACUCAGGAACGACGUCAUGUCUGGUCGCGGCAAGCAGGGCGGCAAGGCGAGAGCCAAGGCAAAGUCUCGCUCUUCCCGUGCCGGACUCCAGUUCCCGGUCGGUCGCGUCCACCGCCUGCUGCGCAAAGGUAACUACGCCGAGCGGGUGGGCGCUGGCGCUCCCGUCUACCUGGCGGCGGUGCUGGAAUAUCUGACGGCGGAAAUCCUGGAGUUGGCCGGCAACGCUGCUCGGGAUAACAAGAAGACCCGUAUUAUCCCCCGUCACCUGCAGCUGGCCAUUCGCAACGACGAAGAGCUCAACAAACUCCUGGGCAAAGUGACGAUCGCUCAAGGGGGUGUGUUGCCCAAUAUCCAAGCGGUCCUUUUGCCCAAAAAGACGGAAAGCCACAAAGCGAAAGGAAAAUAGAAAUCGCUCUGAAGAAAAGGAAACAUUGAAUUUCAAACCCAAAGGCUCUUUUCAGAGCCACCUACAAUUUCAAGUAAGGAGCUGAGUCUUACGGUAUCGAACAAGUUGGUUUCUUUCGCUGAUCCAAAGCAGAUCCUCGCAGCUGACACUUCCCUAGCCCAGGGCUUGCCUACGAUCGCCAAUAUUGCUUUAUCGAACAGAUUUAUAAAAACAACUUGUUACUUAUUCAGCUGUUCCAUUCCAAACACCCACCGCUUAAUUUAUAAACGCGUGAGGAUGGAGAGGGAAAUUUUAACAAAUCGCCGCGUGCGGCGGGAUUAUUCAAACCUGUUUUUUCCACGUUUAAUCUAAAAUCCCAUAACACUCAUCCGAGGGCACUUAAAACCAUAGGACCCCUUUUCUUCAGUAUUAAAUCAUUUCUUAAAAAAUAAGCUGUUGAAGCGAUCAGAAAGGUUUGUGUAUGUGUGUGUGUAUAAAUAAAUAAUACACACAUACACACCCCUGAAGAGUGAUCUCCGGCUUCAUAAUGGUACAAUUUUAUGCUUGGAAAAAGUAAACCUGGAGCGCCCCACUUCUAGAAGAGCCCAAUCGACCUGCGUGGAGCUUUCAUGGGCGCGUCCAUGCAGAUUUUGGGAACAACGCGGAAAUAAUUGCUUUCCAGUUUCUACUUUUGGCGUUUUCUAGCCGCCGAUCUUGAUUGAUUUUUAGAGACCAGCCAAAGUAGCGUAUACUGCAUGCCAGCGGAGAAUAAUGAAAUACUAUAUAACAAGUCGCGACUAAUCAAUCACUAAACCAUUUACAUAACAAAUGCUUAAAAUGAGUGAAAAAUGAAACGGAAAAAAUAUAAAAUGGAAUAAACUCUUGCAAUACAAGUUUAGAUGCUCUCCCAUUGUUUAUGCAAUAUAGGAAUGCGCAUUGGGCUUAAUGGUGACAUGUGUUUAUUAAAUAUCUUGGUGUAGAAACUCAGGACACACAAAAAAAGUUUGUAGCAUUCUCCCUACAACAACCCUGCGAGGUAGGUCGGGCAGAUCCCAAUCUCUUAUACAUUUCUGUGGCUGAGGGAUUAGUUCCGGGGUCUCAUUUGUUCCACACCCAAGUUAUCAUCCUCAACUGCUAAAAACAUUUUCACCAAUUCAAAAUUUGAACAACACUUUUGCAAAUGAUAUUCGUCCGCGCUAAGUAGAUGAAUAUACAAAAAAUACCGUGGAGGUUUUUAAAAUCUGGGUUGCAAAAAUAUGGAGAACUAGCCUACAGAGAGACAUUAAAAAGCAACCCUCCAAUUCCUUGUUGCUAUCUAUCGGCGAUCCGAAUUUUUGCAGCGCAGAAAGGGACCCUUUAUCAGCAAGAUAUUAUUUGUGAGAACACCCAUAGCUGAAAGAAAUUGACUGUCCUAUUGCUGACGUAUCCACUCGAGUACAAAAGAGGCAGGAGAUGAAAGAGUGAAACAUUGUAGCCAAUCCCUACCAAGCCCGGGAAAUUCGAACGUACUCAGCCAAUCAAAAAAGGAGGACUCCGCUAUAAAUACUC